CUCGAAUCGGUUGCAUCAUUAGGGUUCACGACUUUCACUUUCAUUUUCAUUUUCAGGAAAUGAUCACAUGGCAUAAUUGGGAAUUCCCCUAUAGGAGCAUCGCCAUAGUCCUUCUACCACCGAUUAAUUGAUUAAAGAGUCUAAAGAACAAGCCAGACUAACAAAUGGAAACAGAAGAUAAGGUGGCCUAGAUUCUAGACUGAGCAAAUAUGGUGUUUGUAAACAGUAAAAUCCAUUUUUGUCUUGCUUGUAUAUGUGACUCUUUGAAUCUGACAUCUUGCCUGCAUGAAUUUAGCCAAAAGAGUAUAACAUGGGAAAUAAUGUAUCUUUUAGCUAUACCCAAAAGACAGGUGCCUCUAAAAUCACUGCAGCUGACGAACAAUACAUAAGAACCUCUUCUGAAGUCAAGGGAGAGAGUGAAAAUGUCUGCUGCGACAAUGAGUUCAUAGCAAGUGGUAAAAAGGAAGAGUACAAUAAAAUCUCUAUGAGUUCAGACAGCAAUAAAUCACAUGAUGUUUCAAUGCAAGACAACAAUUUGGAAGGUGCUACUGCCUAUAUUCGCGACCAUUCAUCAGUACUUUUAGAGAACAUGGAACAAAAUCAUUCAGAGAGUGGACAGGGUUUUAAAACAAAAUCACAAACAUGUGAAAAUAUAAAACCCAACUUAGAUACGAUAUCAUCAGCCACUGCUAUCAGUAAACAAACAGUUUGUUUACAGCUUCCUAGCAAACCUGUUGUUAAAGCUACACCAUUAUGUUUGCCUUCUCUCCAAAAAGAUACUAAAUCAAAAUCAGCAACAGUACCUGUUAAAAGCAAAAAAUCAGUCAAACAAUUAGAUUUUAAUAAUCAUGUGACUGAUGGGCAACCUUCUGAGAUUGUUGUGUUUAGUAACAAUGUUCAAGAGGAAGUCAGCAAUGAGGCAUUGCUUGAAUUAGCAGAUCUGCAGCUUAAAAACAGAAAUCAACAUGAGGCUAAAACUAAUAUUGCUCAUAUUUUAACCAGGUUAGAUCAAGAAUUUAACCUAAUGAGAACAAGCCAGAGGGUUGAUCAAAGUAAAGCCAUGUUGGAUGAUCAUAGCAAAAAAAUUGGGAAACAGUACAAAAUGUGUUCCCUCCUUCUCAUGAAGCUUCCUGAUAGUGUGUUAGAUGCUAUGAGAUGUCUUUAUACAGGAUUGGUGUAUUAUGGUAACCCUGAUUUGUAUGAAUAUGAGAAAAUUAGUUCAGACGUAUGGAUAAGAUUUCAAGAAGAGGUGGUUAAUAAUUUCAAGGCAGCAUACCAGGAGAUGGCAGAUUUGGUUUUUAUAUGCAACGACCUUUAUGAAAGAAACACAAGGAUAAUAUUAUUCAUGGCUUUUGAACUGGCAACAAAGUUUGUAAAACUGAUGUCAAAGUUACCAGAAGAUUCCAAACUGAAUAUUUAUACACUUAUAUCUAGAUUGUGGUUCAUUUGUGCUAGAUGUCAUUAUAUAGUGAAAGAAUUUAUAAAAGCUCAGGAAGUCCUUAAUUUAUUAUGCAAAGAUCAAAGACAAUGCAACAAUAUUGAUGUAUUAGAGCUAUGGGCCUUUUGCUUAUUGCACACAGAAAAGUAUACUCUAGCUAAACAAAAAGUAGAGCUGGCCAUAAAAGUUGCAAGAACUGAAGAACAAAAGUCCAGAUUUCAAAAGUUAGAAGAACAUUUAAUACAGAAAAUUCAACAGGAUUUUUAA